GCCCAGGAGAACAUGCUGAGCGCGGCGCGCCCCUCUGGGGACUUUCAUCAAACACCUUGCGAGGGUCAAUUUCUUCCACUCUAAUGGCCGAUUCCACCCUUGCUCCUCUGUGGAUCCGUCCCUUCGAGCACCGAAAAUUUGCAAGUGAACGGCUUCCAUAGCAGUAGUUGGCGCCACCACCAGCUGUGGCGUCACCUUCGUGAUCGCAUUCAUUGUCAUUGAUUAAGAGCUAAUUGCAGGAGGAGAGAGAUGAGGGAGAAAGAGAGAGGCAGUGGCAGAUUUGAAAAUGAAAAUGAGGCACGAUUUUCCUUGGGUUUGGUUUGGGUUUGUUUAUAUAACAGAAGAAGAGGGGGGGAAAGCAUUCUGAUCUGUCUAUUUCAAUCUUGAUAUUCAAUUUUUUUUUUUAAUUCAUGCUUUUCAUACGAGUGUUCGUACGGGAAGUCGGCGCCCAGUACCAUUCGCAAGAUUCAGCGAACAACACCGUAUUACUAAAGGAACCGAGCGCCGGUAUUGCAGUUUCUAGUAAGUUCGUGGCCAGUGCAACAGAGGUGUGCUGAGUGUGCUUAUAGGCACUAGAUGCCCAUCACUGGGGAGUUGUCAAGGCAAAAUAUCAAGGAUCGUUCGUUACUAUGGAGUUAUGAUCCGAUGGCAAAGAAGCUACUUAAUAAAGCUGGGGAGAUAGAGAAGAGAUCGAAAAGUUGUCUAAACACCCAAGAAUAGGAGAAAGGAUUAUCAAGUCCUUUGCGCCAUCAGUCUAUGGCCAUGAGGACAUAAAGACUGCAAUAGCUCUUGCCAUGUUUGGAGGCCAAGAGAAAAAUGUCGAGGGAAAACACCGACUCCGAGGGGAUAUACAUGUCCUUCUCCUAGGUGAUCCUGGCACGGCAAAGUCACAGUUUAUUAAGUAACAGCUACUGCCAUCAGUUAAAAGUGAAUCAAUUUUCUGUCUCACAAGUCAGGGUGGGUAUUCAUGAAGCAAUGGAAGAACAAAGUAUUAGCAUAUCAAAUCAAGAGCUGGGAUUGUCAUUUCUCUCCAAGCACGCUGCUCUGUCAUUGCAGCUGCAAACCCUGUUGGGGGAAGGUAUGCUGGAGGAUAAUUUGAAGACUUUUUCUGGCUUGGAGGUUGGAGGUCUUUGGAUGGCCAAAGAAAGUGGCCCAAGGAAAUUGGUAAAUUCGAGCCUGGAGCAUUCCCAAAACCCUAAUUGAUCUGGAAUUUGGCUCACUGAUAUCUAAAAAAUGAAAGUGAUGCAUUUAUUUUGGGCUUAUCGUGCUCUGUUUGGUUGCUGGGAAGAGUGGAAAAUGAAAAUGGAAUUUGGAAUCUUGUCAGUGGAAUCUGUUGUUGGUCUUGGCUGAACACUUGUCAAGUUGUCCUAGUCCUGUUUCUUUCCGAAUUUGGCAAUAAUUGGUUAUGCCAAGUUUCAAAAUGUGCUGAUUCGUACUGAAUUGUGUUGGGUUGUGAUCUGACCUUUUUUUUCUGAUGGCACAAUCAAAAAGUGAAGAUUUGCAGGUGUUAUUUUGGAAGAAGUUGAGUUUAUUCUAUCAAUGCUUGUAGGAAUCAUCCGGACUUAUGCAAAUAUAUAUAUAUAUAUAGAAGCUUGUAUGUUAUUAUUGGUUAUGGUUUUCGCUAUUGUUGGAGAUUUAAGCUGAAGGAGUUGAUGAUUUAGUUGGGUUAUUUUGGAAUUCUUAAGUCGGGGUUGCAUGAUUCGGACAUGAGAAGCUCCUGGUCCAAUAAACUCCCUCUCAUUUUUGGCCCUAGACCGCCACUCAAUUGGCUGCUCUUGUGCCUCGUUAGUGUUCUUGCACUAAUUCCAGUGUUGGGAUCAUCCUCUUCAAAUACAUUUGACUCUCUAACUCCUACUUCAGUACCCGACAUCUAUACAAACUAUAGGAGGCUAAAGUAGCAAGCUGAUCUGGAGCUGAGGUCUCUCGCACUAGGGGCUAGUCAACAAAGGGAGCUUGGCCUCUGUGGAGAGAAAGAAAAUUAUGUGCCGUGUUACAAUGUUUCAGCAAACCUUUUUGUGGGGUUUAAAGAUAGGGAGGAGUUUGAUUGGCAUUGUGAAGUAUCAAGAAACAGAGAAUGGUGUCCAGUUCGCCCUCCUAAGGACUAUAAGAUUCCCCGGAGGUGGCCAGCUGGUAGGGAUGUGAUAUGGAGUGGAAACGUGAAGAUAACCAAAGACCAAUUUCUUUCGUCUGGGAGCAUGACCAAAAGGUUGAUGUUACUAGAAGAAAAUCAAAUUGCCUUUCACUCUGAGGAUGGUUUGAUUUUUGAUGUUGUCGAGGAUUAUUCUCUUCAAAUUGUGAAGAUGCUAGGUUUAAAUAAUGAUUCUCAAUUUCUUCAAGCCGGAGUUCAGCCUGACUAUUUCUUUGAGGACUUACAGAUUUGGAGAUCAACUCUGAAAAACUAUUGGUCUUUGCUUACACCCUUGAUUUUCUCUGACCAUCCGAAGAGACCAGGUGAUGAAGACCCAUUAUCUCCAUUAAACAUGAUACGCAAUGUGAUGGAUAUGAAUGCUCACUAUGGGGGUUUAAAUGCUACUUUUCUGGAGGAAAGAAAAUCAGUUUGGGUGAUGAAUGUCGUGCCUGUCAAUGCUCCCUAUACACUUCCUCUCAUACUAGAUCAAGGUUUUGCUGGUGUUUUGCAUGACUGGUGUGAACCGUUCCCUACAUAUCCUGGAACCUAUGAUUUGCUGCAUGCGAAUGGGCUGCUCUCACAUCUGUCUUCAGAGAGGUGCGGCAUGAUGGAUUUAUUCUUGGGGAUGGAUCGGAUUCUGCAACCUGUGGUACUUCUAUUUCCCCCUUGCUUAUAUUAUAUUUCUAUACUGCAAGAUGCAAAGUAAGAUGCAAAGUAAGAUGAAGAAGUCUGUUGUCUGUCUUUCCUUCUUUUGUUCCUAAUAUCGAUUUUAUAAUCCACCUUUAGAAAUUAAACUUCAUUUUGUAAGUUGUCAACCGAUACAAAUCUUGUUUUUUUCUCUUUAUUUCUUAAAUAAUAUUGCUUGCCAUCUUGGCAUGCGACAAUCAAGGCCUCAACAAGUCAGUAUAUUUUCUAUAGUAAAUUGAGCUUA